CUUCCACCCCUUGACACUACUGGUCCUACAUUUGUCGAUCCACAAGAAAGUCGAACUUUGUCACGACGCCUUCCACGACUAAAUGAACAUUAAAAGGUCAUUACGGCACACAGUGCAAGACGGGCUGAGCGCAUGUUGCCACUGGUUUAAUCCAAGCCAUUGUACACUUAGUGGGAGGCUGAUUCCACGCCCGACACAUCGUGAUGGCAGCUAUGGGCAAGUGUAUCACCAGCCGCGAGAAUCAGCUCUGUCGCCGAGCCCGCAUUCCAAGUCCCACGUGCACAUUGACCGACGUUUGAAGUUUGAGCCGGUUUUCCGACAAACUCAAUUGCUGUUUGGGGCGCGUGUGAUUAUGGAGUGAUUGACUCGUCGAAAAUGGGGCGUUCCUAGGCCAGAGAACACGAAAGCAGUGGUGUAAAGUCUAUUUCGCUUGACAUGAUGGGUGCAGUUGAGACUAUUAACUUGAGACGAGGCGUCGGCAAUCAUGCUAGCUGGUCACCUGCCUACCAGCUUAAGCAGACCCCCGACCUCUAUGACUGCGUAACAUUAUUGGCCGAGCUUGCGAGGCGUUUGUUUACAGAGGGGGUUCGUUUUUUUUU